GUAUGUUUGAGGUGAAUGAGAACUACACGCGUGUGUCAGAGUUUGUGAUCGUGGGCUUCCCGGGGCUCCAUCCAUCCUUCUACCAGCUGGUGGCCUGGUUCUUCUUCUUCGUCUAUGUGAUCACGGUGGUGGGGAACCUUCUUCUGGUUGUGCUGUUUGCCCUGGAGCACAGCCUGCAGAAACCCAUGUACAUCAUCAUGCUCAGCCUGGCUCUGUCAGAUAUAGGUUUUGCCACAGUGGCCCUUCCCAAAGUGAUUGCUCGGUGGUGGUGGGACGACGGGAGGAUCUCCUUCCAUACGUGUCUGUUCCAGGAACAAAUGAUCCACUACUUUGGAACACUCAACUCUCUCAUCAUGUUGACUAUGGCUAUGGACCGAUACCUGGCUAUCUGUCACCCUCUCAGAUACCCUAUGUUGAUGACCAACCAGAUAAUGAGUGGUCUAACAGUCUUCUCCUGGAUGUCAGCCACAGUCUCACCUGCCAUCGGCACCAUAGACUUCACUAGGAAAGUAGCAUUCUGUGGUCCCAACCGAAUUCUCCAUGCCUACUGUGACGCUCUGUCCCUGACUAAACUUUCCUGCUCCGACACGGCGGCGAUCCAGGGCAGCUCCAUUGGCCUGGCCUAUUUUGUGCUCCUCGUCCCCUUCUCCUUCAUCGUCUUCUCCUAUAUCAACAUCAUCGUCACCGUGAUGCGCAUGGCUAACGUACAGGGCAGGCUGAAGACCUUCUCUACCUGUGCUACUCAGGGCUGUAUCAUCCUUAUUUACUACAUCCCCCGCUUCAUAGUGUAUGCUACACCCUACAUCCCCAACCUGAUCAUGACCCCUGACCUCCGCAUCGGCCUCACCAUUUUCUACAGCCUGUUCCCCCCGGUGGCCAACCCGUUCAUCUAUAGCUUCAGGACCAAGGAGAUCAGAGCCGUCCUGGGGCGCUGGAGACAGGGCUGGAGGAACAGCCAGACAGAACCGAGUAUACCCAAAACUGUGGCAGUUAUCACUAAAUGAAGGGUUAGGUUAUAACAUGUUAAUUCCGGGUUAUAACAUGUUAAUUCGGGUUAUAACAUGUUAAUUCAGGGCUAUAACAGUUUAAUUCAGGGCUAUAACAUGUUAAUUCGGGGCUAUAACAUGUUAAUUCAGGGCUAUAACAUGUUAAUUCAGGGCUAUAACAUGUUAAUUCAGGGCUAUAACAUGUUAAUUCAGGGCUAUAACAUAACACACUAAACCCAACACUGUCUGUUAUCACUCGAUGACAAUCGCACACAAUUGGACCUGUAACAGUGUAAAAUAUAUGUUUCCACUUACAAAUAGGCUACAGAGUCGUCUAAUCGCUCUGGCUUUGUUAGAUACUACUAUUCUCCAAGAAUAUGAUGGAGAUGAGACUAGACAUUCAAAUAGCAUCUUUAUAAAUCUCAUUCUCAAAAAGCUCUCUGCUUGUGUUGUCUGUCUCAACCAGUAUUGAUGUAUUUAUUUUUUAACAUUGAUCAUGUCCAAUGAACAGGGGAGGCUACCCUGUACCUUUAUGUUGACUAUCAACCAGUAUUGAUAAUGUCUAAUGAACAGGGGAGGCUACCUCUAUAAAACUCAUUACA